AUGUCACAGCACCUCAGGGACACAUUCACAGCAAAGGAGGACUCGAACUCCCCCGCGUUCGUCACCUUCCUCACAGCCGGCUUUCCCACAGUCGAUGCCACCGUACCCCUCAUGCUCGCCAUGGAGCGCGGAGGAGCGGAUAUCAUCGAGCUCGGAGUGCCAUUCACGGAUCCGCUUGCGGACGGAAAGGCGAUUCAGGAGUGUAACAACAUCGCCCUCGACCAAGGGGUCGACUACACCCGGUGUCUCGAAUUUGUUAAGGAGGCGCGCUCGCAAGGCUUGAAGACGCCCGUGAUCCUCAUGGGCUACUUCAACCCUCUUCUUGCGCACGGAGAAGAGAAGGCGGUUCAGGAUGCCAAGAGCGCAGGAGCGAAUGGGUUCAUCAUCGUUGAUUUGCCCCCGGAGGAGGCGGUCAACUUCCGCAAGAUCUGCACGCGCGAGGGCAUGUCCUACGUUCCCCUCAUUGCCCCUUCUACCUCGACCGAGCGCAUCAAGUUCCUCGCUUCCAUCGCCGACUCGUUCAUCUACGUCGUCUCAAAGAUGGGCACGACCGGCGCCUCGGACAAAGUCUCCUCCUCUCUCUCCGCCAUGCUCUCGCGCAUCCGCGGUCUGCUCAACCGCCCCAUUCCUCUCGCCGUCGGUUUCGGCGUCUCAACCCGCGACCACUUUGAAGAAGUCGGCCGCGACGCAGACGGCGUCGUCAUCGGUUCCCAGCUCGUCGCCAUCAUCAAGGACUCGUUCCAGCUCGGUCAGGCAGCGGCCGUCUCGGCCGUCGAGGCGUACUGUCAACAAGUCUCGGGCAACCGGACUCGUGCUGCCCCGCUCCCCAAGCGCGUCGUGUCCGCAGACGACAAGGCGAAGGAGAUCGCUUCCGUCGAGGAAAAAGUCGCAAAGGCUGCGCGGUUCGGCGACUUUGGAGGAGCCUACGUCCCCGAGGCGUUGUACGACGCGCUGGAGGAGCUGACGACUGCGUAUGCGGAUGCGCGUGCGGAUCCCGAGUUUUGGAAAGAGUGGGAGGGAGAGUUUGGGUACAUCAAUCGCCCGAGUCAGCUUUAUGAGGCGAGCAGGUUGACGGAGCAUUGUGGAGGCGCCAAAAUCUGGUUCAAGCGUGAGGACUUGAACCACACGGGAUCGCACAAGAUCAACAACGCCAUCGGCCAGAUCCUCAUCGCCCGGCGCCUCGGCAAAACACGCAUCAUCGCCGAAACCGGCGCAGGACAACACGGCGUCGCGACCGCCACCGCCUGCGCCAAGUUCGGACUCGAGUGCGUUGUGUACAUGGGCGAGGAGGACGUGAGGAGGCAGAGCUUGAACGUGUUUAGGAUGAGGAUGUUGGGCGCUAAGGUGGUCGCUGUUGCGAGCGGGACGAAGACGCUUAAGGAUGCGAUCAACGAAGCGAUGCGCGACUGGGUGACGAACCUCUCCUCGACGCACUACCUCGUCGGCUCAGCAAUCGGUCCCGCCCCCUUCCCGACCAUCGUCCGCGACUUCCAGUCCGUCAUCGGCACCGAGAUCAAGGAGCAGCUCAAGGCGGCGACGGGCAAGUUGCCGGACGCGGUGGUGGCGUGCGUUGGUGGUGGAAGCAACGCGAUUGGUACCUUCCACCCCUUCAUCAACGACACCUCGGUUCGGAUCGUAGGCGUUGAGGCAGCUGGCGAGGGCGUCGACACGGAGCGACACUCGGCGACCAUCUCGCGCGGCACCAAGGGCGUCUUCCACGGCGUCCGAACGUACGUCCUCCAGACCAAGGUCGGCCAGAUCCUCGGCACGCACUCGAUUUCCGCCGGCCUCGAUUACCCGGGCGUCGGCCCUGAGCACGCCUGGCUGCACGAGACGAAGCGCGGCGAGUACAUCUCGGCGACGGACGAGGAGGCGCUGCGAGGGUUCCGGGCUUGCACCCAGAUGGAGGGUAUCAUCCCGGCGCUCGAGACGUCGCAUGCGGUUUGGGCGACGAUGCAGCUCGCCAAGACUAUGCCGAAGGACGCCAACAUCGUCAUGACCCUCUCAGGCCGCGGCGACAAGGACGUCCAGGAGAUCUCGGAGAUCCUGCCUGGCAAGUGGGCCGACAAGCUCGACUGGCACAUCGACAGCAACGCCAACACCGUUCAGGGAUAG